CAAUCACAAUCCACAUUUGGAUUCUUCUAUAUCUCCCACAAGUUGUGUACCCUCUACUACUAGUAUUCCUUGCCACUCCUUCCACCUCCCAUAUUCUAAGUCUCCCCUUCUUCCUCCUCCCACAGACCAAAAAUCUUGCAGGCAUUCAUUUGUUCAUUAAUGGCUUCCAACACUUUGAUGAGCUGUGGCAUCGCCACCACAGCCUUCCCUUCAGUCCUCUCAUCCUCCAAGUCUAAAUUUGCCACCAGUGCAGUCCAGCUCCCCAGUGUUGGUGCCAAUGCCUCCUCCAGGUUCUCCAUGUCCGCUGAUUGGAUGCCCGGCCAGCCGAGACCUCCUUAUCUAGACGGCUCUGCACCCGGUGACUUUGGAUUUGACCCACUUCGGCUAGGAGAAGUGCCAGAAAACUUGGAGAGGUUCAAGGAGUCUGAGCUCAUUCACUGCAGAUGGGCUAUGCUUGCUGUUCCAGGGAUUCUAGUACCAGAGGCUUUGGGAUUGGGCAACUGGGUAAAGGCACAAGAGUGGGCUGCCGUUCCAGGAGGCCAAGCCACCUACUUAGGCAACCCAGUUCCAUGGGGCACAUUGCCCACAAUUUUGGUCAUCGAGUUCCUUUCCAUUGCUUUUGUAGAGCACCAACGCAGCAUGGAAAAGGACCCUGAGAAGAAAAAGUACCCUGGUGGAGCUUUUGACCCCUUGGGCUACUCCAAGGACCCUAAGAAGUUUGAGGAAUACAAAGUCAAGGAGAUAAAAAACGGCCGGCUCGCAUUGUUGGCUUUUGUGGGUUUCGUUGUUCAACAGUCGGCGUACCCUGGCACCGGACCUUUGGAGAAUUUGGCCACUCACUUGGCUGACCCAUGGCACAACAACAUUGGGGACGUCAUUAUCCCAAAGGGGAUUUUGCCUUGAUUAUCCCAUGCAAUAUUUUGAUUUACACCCACUGUAAAAAUUAAAAUUCCAUGUAACCGUAUGCAAUGAAUCCGAACAUCUUGUCUUUGGCAUGCUUGAGUGAGUUUACAAGCAAACUUUUACUAUCCCCCUUCAUAUCUUAGAUCUAUCUAAAGAACUGUAUUGAAUAUAUCAGUUAGUUCUUUUCUAAA